AUGGGCAACACUCCCUCGUCGCCGACGAGGUCCACUCUGAGGAGAGACUCGUCACAGAUAUCUCGACCUCGAGCGCUUGGAAAGCUUCACAGUCCUCCUCGGUCGCGUGCGCAUCCCCUUGGACCGGAAUACAUAGGCUCGUCUGCUGCGGACACUGUGUCUUCAAAUCAUACCUCAAAUCAUUAUCAUGAUGCCGACCAAGUCGCUGGCCGACUAACUCCUGCACCCCCUGCACCACAUACCCUAACACACAGGAGGUCACAGACGUUGGCCGCAUCACAGGUAAGCCUGCGAUCGCAAGAAGUGAGCGCUACGGAUGUACGGCGGUCGAGGUCCGCGAAUGCCACGGGCCCGAGUAGAACGGAUAGGACCUCGGAAUUCUUAGGGGUGGCGCCGCCGCCAUAUUCCGCUAACGACCCUUCCAGUUCAAACAUCCAUUUCCCUCAACCUCACACCAGUACUCCCUAUGAUGGGUUUCUUAACGUUCCGGGUUUCUCACUUUCAUCGAAGGGCCAUCGGAGGAGUGCGUCUGACUUGACAUCUGGCGAUCGACGAGAUCGUUCAUUGGGACCAGAUUCGAGGAGCGACUAUGGAGGAGAGUUGCCUGAGGAAUACGGAUAUGGUGUGGGGAAUGGAAUGGCAAUGGCAGUUGGCUCGAGCCCUACUCAUAUGGCGAUGCCUCUUCCUUCUACUUCAUCGAGUCUGUCUUCAUCGCCCCGAGGUGAUGCUGUAACCAGCCCAAGAAGACCUUCACCGCCAUUACCGCCACUACCAUACAAAGAAGACCCUUUGGAGCUACUUAAGCAGUACAAGACUAUAUUUAUUAUUGACGACUCGGCUUCGAUGGCAGGAGAGAGAUGGGCAGAGACGAGAGAAGCACUGGCUUCGCUAGCUGAUGUUGCUGCCAAGUAUGAUACAGACGGCUUCGAUGCAUAUUUCCUCAACGCAAACAGAUCGGCCAACAACAUGCGCAGCGCAGCAUCGGUGAAACGUCAAUUCGACAGUGUACAUCCCCAGGGUAUAUCCCUUCUUGCAAGAAAACUAGAAGAACUUCUACAUGAUUAUAUAUCCGACCUCGAGAGGGCACAGCAAGAGAUACGGAGGGGUGACCUAAAUGCAUUACGACGUAUCAAGCCAGUGAACUACAUUAUCAUCACAGAUGGUGUGCCAACGGAUGAUCCGGAGGCUGUCAUAAUUCAGGCUGCCAGACGCCUGGAUCGAGGGAAUUUGCCCGUUUCUCAAGUUGGAAUCCAAUUCGUUCAAGUAGGCGAUGAUCCGAGGGCGACCGAAUCAUUACGAGAGCUAGAUGAUGAAAUAGCAAAGGAAUACGGAAUACGAGAUAUGGUAGAUACCACCCCGUACAGUGGGGGUCCCUUGGAUUGCGAACUAUUGAUCAAGAUUCUCCUCGGAGGGAUUAAUCGCCGUGUAGACAAGAAGGGAGCUAGUAGCGUUCUGUCGUAG